GUCAUCUCACAAGAUUUUAAUUCCUGAACCUAACAAUAUCUGAGGAGCAAAAUUGUCUGACUGAAGAUUAUCAGCAGUAUUCUUGUUUAUGACAUUCAGUAGCUGUUUCUGUUUACUCUCCUUGAUGUGUCCUCAAAGUGUAAAUGUCUGAUGUGAGUGGUAAUAUAUAGUUUUAAAGAUAAGUUAAAGUCACCACUCAUCCAAAUUUGAGUCUAGACAUAAAACACUCUAAGGCCUUAAAGUACAAACAGAUCCGUUUAGACCAACAAGAUGUCAUCACCUACUGAGGAAAUAGACAAGACCCCAGAAGCACAACAAGUCAGGUCGAGCUCCCGUGACCGUAGUUUAACAACAAAGGGUCAAGAAUUACAUGAUCAGGAAGCAAAGAGGAAUGAAAAGGCAUUCAACAAAGCCUAUGAUGCUUGGAAACACACAGCAAAGGAAUUUAGAGUAAAAUUGAAGGCUUUCUGCUCAUCUGAGGACCUUGAUAAAAUUCAAACUAACAUUAAAUCCAAACAGGCUAUAGUACAUCAAAAUUAUGAGCCCAUUCGACGCAACCAUACCACUACUCCUGAUAUUGUCAAAAGAAUGGAUGCAUGUGACACUCUUACAGCUGAGAUUUGUGACCUUGUCAGUAAGCGACUUGAGAACAUAGAUGAGGCUUUCAAUGACCAGCUAGAGAAAGAGAGGGUGAGAAUAGCGCUGAAUAAGGAUGAGUAUGAGUCAGUCUUUGGAAAUACGAAAACAGAAACAGUAAUUUCAGAGUCAUCACAAGGAUCAGGCAACCACUCAAGCGCCACCUCCAGGUCCUCUAGCAAACGUGCAGAUGCAGAAGCAGAACUGGCCGCCAAGGUAGAACAGGCAAAAGCCAUGCAAAAAAUACACUUUCAACAGGCGAGACUUGACAAACUGGAGAGUGAAUGGAAACUCAAGGAAACACAGAUGCUAGCAGAAAUCAAGCAAAAGGAGGCUGAAAUGAAACUUAAGCUAGAAGAGGAAAAAACAAGGUUACAACAGCUUCAAGCGGACAAUGAAGUGAAGGUAGCAGCAGCUCGGGUGAGAGCGUACAACAAUUUUGAUGGCUUUGAAGGCUUUGAGGAAGAGACUGACCAUAAAACUCAGUAUAGUGGGCAAAAUGCUGGACUCAGAACCUCACUAAAUCCACAAGCAAUGCCAUUCCAGCCUCAUCCCGCACACUCAGAGGCACCAGUAGCUCAGGAAGUCAGCCUAGCCCAAGCAAUUGCAAGCUCACUUACCCUAAGCCGUCUACCUGUCCCGGAACCAACCACGUUUACUGGUGAUCCCUUAAAGUUCAUAGACUGGAAGAUAUCCUUUAUGGCUCUCAUCGACCAGAAGCCCCUCCCAGCUAGUGAAAAAAUGCUCUAUCUAAAGGGUUAUCUUGCUGGAGAAGCACGCAAAGCCGUUGAAGGAUUUUUCUACCGAAAUUCAGAGAAGGCAUAUCAGGGUGCCUGGGCAGUCUUACAAGAUAGGUAUGGAAGUCCAUUCAUUGUCCAAAGGGCUUUCAGAGACAAGCUCACGAAGUGGCCAAAGAUAGCUGUAAAUGACCCUAUUGCAUUAAGAGAGUUUGCAGAUUUCCUUCAAGGUUGUGUUGAGGCCAUUCCUCAUGUUAAGGGCCUGGGUAUUCUAAAUGAUUGUGAGGAAAAUCACAAGCUCCUUAAAAAGCUGCCUGAGUGGAUGGUGCGCAGAUGGAGUCGUAUUGUUGUGGAAGAGCUAGACAGAUCUGGAGACUAUCCAAGUUUUGUGCAUUUCACAGAGUUUAUGCAGACCGAAGCCCGUAUAGCUUGUAACCCUAUUGCCUCCCCCCUUCUGAUGAACGUUAAAAGCACGGACGAGAGGCUUCCAAAGAGAGCCAAGGCGCUCAACACAAGCACUCAAAUGAAAAACUCCACCUCAGGAACUCUGGAAAACGUGAAACCAAGGCCACCUUGCUUAGUUUGUAAAGACGAAACGCAUGGUGUUGUUAAGUGUCCAACCUUUGCAGCAAAGACUACAGAUGAAAAGAAGGCCUUUAUCCAUGAAAACCACCUGUGUUUUGGGUGCUUAAGAAAGGGUCACACAACCAAAGACUGUAAAAGGCGACACACCUGCAGUACAUGUGGUAGACGUCAUCCAACCUGCUUGCACCUAGAAAGAAACACAAACCCUGCCGGAUCUGCAAGAAAUGAUCCCGUAGCCACAGGAGAUCAUGGAAGCAAGGAAAUUCACAAGGUCAUGGCCCAUGCAUUGACACAGCACGUUUCUGCCACCUCUAGCAUUGUUCCAGUUCUUGUGUCAUCAACAACAGAGCCCCAGAAAGAAAUUCUCACUUAUGCUCUACUCGACACACAGAGCGACUCAACGUUCAUCUUGGAAGAUUUGGUCACCGAACUAAAUGUGAACACUCAGUCAGUGCAACUUAAACUCAGCACAAUGACAGCUGUCAACACAGUCAUAGCAAGCAAGACUGCGUAUGGUCUACAAGUUCGGGGACUCAACUCUGAAACUUACAUCCAACUACAGCAGACCUACACACGAGACUUCAUCCCAGUCGACAAGUCUCACAUUCCUACAAAAGGUACAGCGCUUCAGUGGCCUCAUCUGAAACAUCUUAUAAACAAGUUACAUCCACUCCAAGAUUGCGAGGUUGGACUGCUAAUUGGUUAUGAUUGCCCAUCAGCUCUAGCUCCCUUGGAGGUCAUCACAGGUGGUGAAAAUGAACCUUUCGCGCAAAGGACAAUGCUUGGCUGGAGCAUUAUAGGGUCCGCCAAUCCCCACUUGGAUAGACAAGGAAACGAGAGCUUUGUGCAUCGUGUUGCAGUGAAAGAGGUGCCAGUGGCCACCGAUGUGCUGAAAGUACUGGAAUCAGACUUCAACGAGAGGAGCUAUGAGGACAAGUACGUGUCUCAGGAUGACGUUCAUUUUAUACAGCUCCUUAGUGAUAACAUUAAGCAGAAAAAGGAUGGACAUUUUGAGAUUCCCCUCCCUUUCAAGGGCAGUUGUCCGCCGGCUCUCCCUAACAAUAAGAAGCUGGCUACUGUUCGGCUGCAACAUCUAAAGAAGAAGUUAAAAGCCAACAAACAGUAUUUCGACCAUUACACUGCCUUCAUGGAAGAAACUAUCAAGAAAGGUGAUGCCGAGCCAGCUCCUCCAUUCUUGGAGGGAGAGACUGUGUGGUAUAUUCCACAUCACGGGGUGUACAACCCCAAGAAGCCAGGCAAAUUAAGAGUUGUGUUUGAUUGCUCGGCAAAGUUCCGGGGGAUUUCUCUAAACGACACUCUUCUCACAGGCCCCGACCUAAUUAACUCUUUAGUAGGAGUCCUUUGUCGCUUUAGAAGGGAAGCAGUUGCUGUGAUCUGUGACAUCGAGAGGAUGUUCCACCAGUUCAGCGUCUCACCCGAAGUUCGCAACUACCUAAGGUUCCUCUGGUGGGAGGGUGGAUUGUUAGAAACAGAACCGCAGGAGUAUAGAAUGACAGUCCACAUUUUCGGUGCUGCGUCCUCCCCUGGAUGUGCCAAUUUUGGUCUUAAGUAUCUGGCACAGCAACACAAGGUUGACCACUCGACAGCUUCAGUAUUUGUAGAGAAGAACUUCUACGUGGACGAUGGGUUAACCAGUGUUCCAACAGUCAAAGAAGCUAAGGAACUAAUUGUCGAAGCACAGGAACUGUGCAAAAGUGCAGGUCUACGUCUGCACAAGUUCAACUCAAAUCAAAUGGAGGUCCUCUCCUGUGUGGCACCCUCAGAAAGGGCAGUAACCACUGAUCCUCUCAACCUUAAUCCAGAUGCAACACCAGAAGGACACAUACUGGGCAUACAGUGGUCAUCAGAGAACGACACAUUCAGCUUCAACAUUGACGCAAAGGACCACCCCCCAACUCGCCGUGGUCUAUUGUCAGUCGUUGCAUCUCUGUAUGACCCACUCGGAUUUGUAGCUCCCUUCACUUUGAGUGGCAAGUGCAUCCUGCAGGAGCUAUGUCGUAGAGGUAUUGGAUGGGACGAUCCUAUUCCUGAGAACUUGCGUUCACGGUGGGAGGAGUGGAAGAAUGGCCUACAGAGCUUAAAGGAAGUCGCCAUACCCAGAUGUUACCAUCCUCAAAACUUUGGUAAAAUUGUUAGGGUGGAACUGCACCACUUCUCAGAUGCCAGUAACGCAGGAUAUGGUUCAUGUUCCUAUCUCAGAUACAAAAACGACAAGGACGAGGUUCAUUGCAGUCUUGUAAUGGCCAAAGCGAGGGUUGCACCUACGAAGAUCAUCAGCAUCCCAAGAUUGGAACUCUCAGCCGCAGUCACCGCAGCCAGGAUGAGUGUUAUGCUUAAGGCAGAACUUGAGAUGAAAAUUGAACAAGAACUUUUCUGGACGGACUCACAAGUAGUGCUGGCUUACAUCAACAAUGAGGCACGAAGGUUCCAUGUGUUCGUGGCAAACCGUGUUCAAUUGAUAAGAGAGAUUACAGACCCAAAUCAAUGGAACUACGUAGAUACAGCACAAAACCCAGCUGACCACGCCUCUAGAGGUCUUCAUGCAGCAGACAUCUCUUCGACUCGCUGGUUAUCAGGGCCCAAGUUUCUAUGGGAACAGGAAGUGCUACCUACACCUAGGCCUUCAACCGAGUUGCUCACAGGUGAUCCCGAAGUUAAAUCGAUUCAAGUGUUUGCAACUCAAGUCAGCGACUGGAGCGACGUUCUAAGUCGCCUGAGCCGGUUUUCCACCUGGACAAUGCUUGUUAAGGUGGUUGCAAGAAUCAAAAGACUAGGAUCUAAGCUAAAAUAUCACGGUGAAACUGUGACUGUCGAGGAACGUAGGAGGGCUGCUGAGGUGGUAAUUCAGCUCGUCCAGCAGCAAGCCUUCCCUCAAGAGCUAAAGGCACUGCAAAGGAGCCCUCAUGGGGACAUAAUUCCAAAUUCCAGUCCUCUUCUUUGUCUCGACCCCAUUCUGGAUGGGAGACUUCUUCGCGUUGGCGGAAGACUUAAGGGAUCAUCCCUCAGUCAUGAACUAAAGCACCCCAUCAUUCUCCCAAAGGACAGUCACAUCACCAAGCUUAUCCUGUCACACUACCAUGCCCAGAUCUGCCACCAGGGUCGGAGCCAGACCUUAAUGGAACUCAGGUCAAAUGGAUUUUGGGCCAUUGGUGGGAGUAAACUAGUCGCCAAGUUGAUACAUAGAUGUGUAAAAUGUCGGAAGCUCAGACGACCAGUUGAAGAGCAACGAAUGUCUGAACUCCCCAGAGAACGCUGUGAAGUCUCGGCUCCCUUCAUGUUCUGCGGAAUGGAUUGCUUCGGCCCAUUUAUCACCAAGCGAGGUCGCAAAGAGUGCAAGAGAUAUGGACUCAUAUUCACAUGCCUGUCUUCUCGAGCAGUCCAUCUUGAAAUGCUUGAAGACAUGUCCACGGACGCCUUCAUUAACGCUUUAAGGUGUUUUAUUAGUCUUAGAGGAGCUGUUUGCCAACUCCGCUGUGAUCAGGGCACAAACUUUGUGGGUGCGAAGAAUGAGUUCAAGGAAGCCCUCAAGCAAUGUGACACAGAGGCACUGGAAGCCUUUCUGGCGGAUAAACAGUGCGAGUUCAUUCUCAAUGCUCCUUCAGCGAGUCAUGCAGGCGGUGUGUGGGAGCGACAAAUUCGGACCAUCCGCAAUGUGCUGAAUGUUACGAUCGCUCAGUGUUCCGGUAGACUAGAUGAUGCCUCCCUUAGAACGCUGUUCUAUGAAGCUAUGGCCAUCGUCAACAGUCGCCCUUUAAACGUUGAUGGAAUCAAUGAUCCUAUGGCACCAGAGCCGCUGACUCCAAACCACCUUAUCCUGAUGAAAGCUAAGGUUGCCUUACCACCUCCCGGAAAGUUCGUAAAGGAAGAUGUGUACGCCGCAAAAAGAUGGCGCAGAGUACAAUAUUUAACCGAACAGUUCUGGAGCCGGUGGAAGAAAGAAUACCUUCUAAAUACGUCCAUUAGGCAAAAGUGGCAUGUACCCCGGCGCAACUUGAAAGUGGACGACAUAGUCAUCAUAAUGGAAGAUACACUCCCAAGGAAUCAGUGGCAACUAGGACGAGUGGUUGAAACUACAGAAGGGUCAGAUGGCUUAGUUCGUCGGGUAAAGGUACAAGUUGGGGAUCGGAAACUAACACAGAAACAGAACCACCGAUGUAAGCCCUCAAUCAUUGAAAGGCCAAUCCAAAAGCUGGUGCUCCUCCUUGAAAACAAUUAACGGUCUGUCAAGUUUAAGUACACUUACAUCAGACAUGUUGGUUUAAUGGUUUUAUUCAAGGUGAC